UGUACAUCGCGUACAUCAGCUGCUUAUCAUCUAUGAUCAGCUGUGUUAAAAAUCAAAAUGGCUCGGGAAGAAGUGAGAGUGCCAGAUUCUUUGUACAAUUUAGGAAUUUCGGCAGUUAUUGGUAGCUAUCAGAGUUUUAAAAAUGAACUUCGUAUACUGCCCGACAACUUAAUGUUUGACUUAUAUUACAAGUUGUAUAAAGAAAAGAGGCUAUGUCUACUUGGACUUGAGUUCAGUGAUCUGGAUGUCUUUAGUCGAGUCCUGAGGAUUACAAAUAGGCGCAUGUUUCUAUACAGAAGUUUUCAGGCUGUAAUGGAUCAUGGUUCACGUGUAGCUAAAGAACUUGUUACUGCCUAUGGAAGGAAAUGCAGCAUGUGUCUUUCUCAUUCACCUUUAAGGGAUGCAACAAUUGAUACUGGACUCAGAUUAGGUGGUUUCCUAAGUGAUGCAGGAUGGUUUGCUGAAAGUGAAAAGGUUCUCCUAGCAUGCCAAGAUUUAUGCCAGUGUGCAGAGCCAACAGUCAAAUAUUGGCGUAAAUUACUUGAAUGUUACCACAAGCUUCUUCACACUCAGGCUGCCUUCUGUCACUUUGAUGGUGCACAAAUAACGUAUCGUCUAGCAUUGGAACUUGUGGAUAGGCUACAUGCAGUAAAUGAGGAAACAAAUCUUGCUGGACUUUUUGCUGAGUUCUCUGUUUUACACUUCAGUAGGAGUGAAUAUGAUGAGGCUUACAGGUGGAGUGUAGAAGCAUUAAAAGAAGUGAAACCAGGUCUUCCCUCUCGUGUUACCAUUGAUGUUUUACGUCAGGUGGCAAAAUCAUGUGUGGUGAAAAGAGAGUUUAAGAGGGCAGGACUUCUGGCCAGACAAGCUGUAUGUUUGGCAAAGGAAGUCUUUGACAAGGAGCACCCAAAAUAUUCAGACACGCUAUUAGAUUUUGGUUUCUUCUUGCUCAACUUUGACUCCAUUAGGCAGAGUGUUGGUGUGUAUGAGACUGCUUUGGAAAUUCGUAAAGCAAUAUUUGGCAAGUUCAAUCUAUAUGUUGCUAUAGCUCAUGAGGAUCUGGCCUAUGCACUCUAUGUGUAUGAAUAUAGCUCUGGAAGGUUUCUUAAAGCUCGUGAUCAUGCAGAGAAAGCCAUACUCAUAAUGGAAAAACUGCUGCCAGAAGAGCAUCUUAUGCUAGCAUCAGUGAAAAGGGUUAAAGCUUUAAUUCUGGAAGAAAUAGCACUUGACACAAUGCCCAACAGUUCAGGAAUGCAUGCCCUGUUAUCGAAGGCUGAGGAUCUACACAUGUCUGCCCUGAAGUUGGCCAUGGCAACCUUUGGGGAGAAGAAUGUUCAGACAGCAAAGCAUUUUGGGAACUUGGGACGCCUGUAUCAGAGCAUGAAGAAGUUUCUGGAAGCAGAAACAAUGCACUUGAAAGCAAUUUCAAUAAAAGAAGAGCUGCUAGGAGCAGAAGACUAUGAAGUUGGGUUAUCUAUUGGCCAUCUUGCCAGUUUGUACAACUAUCACAUGAAGAAAUAUAAGAAGGCUGAGAAACUAUACCUUCGAUCCAUAGCCAUCAGCUUGAAACUGUUUGGAGAGAGUUACUCUGGUCUUGAAUAUGACUAUCGAGGUCUGGUUCAUGUUUACCAUGAACUGGAGGAUGUUGAGAAGGUAGCUGAAUACACAUAUAUCCUUAACAACUGGAAACUUCACAGAGACUUGCAUGCUCAGAGAGAAGACCCACCCAUUGACCAAGAAGAGGCACCACGAGCAAUAGAAGACAUUGCCCAGCAGUUCUUUAAUUGUGAUUAAAGUGACUGUGUGCCACUUCUGAUAGGAGAGGUGAUAAGCUGCUGUGAAGGAUUACCAGCAGUGAAGUAUAUGGAGUCCAUUUGCAUUUAUUUGUGGUAUCUUAUAGGCCAAACAGCAUCAAAGCACUGAACAGUUGUCAGUAUUUUAUAAGCUGUAGUUUGUUACAGGAAGUGGGAAGGUGUCAUGCUGUAAGAGUUUGUUUCACACAGUAAGUGUAUCCACCUCAAAAGAAAUAUUUGAACUGUAAGCAGUUAAUGAGAUACUGAUUUUUGUUACCCGAAUUGUGCAUGGUUUAUGAAAAGGCCAGAGAAGUGGCAUUACUGACACUGAUUCCAGUCUUUCCCUGACAGCUGAGGAGGGACAGGACCUUCUUAGUUCAUCUCACAGUUUUGCAAUAUGAUCUACGCAUUGAGUCAGUUUUUUUUAAAUAGAUUGUGUAGUUAUUUUUUUUACUCAGAUAUUUAUUAAAAUGUAAUAGUAUUAGAUAACUAGAAAAAUCAAAUUUUAUGAAAAAUUGGAAGUUCAUGGCAAUAGAAAACCACAAAAUUGUCUUACAAGCAUUUGACCAAUUUUUUUGUUGGCAUAUGAUUUCAUUAUUUUUAACUUGGACUGUCACAGAUUGAAGGAAGUUAUUUUAAUUAUGCAGUCAUGUUGGUAACUAAUGGCAGUGUUCAACAAUUGAAGUUUUUAAAUUAUCUUCAUAAAUAUUUGUGGAUAGUGCUAUACAGUUUGGUUUUGAUUUUUAGAAUUCACAAUUUAUAUCAAACUUCUUUCAGCUUGUAAAUACUGCUGUCAGUUAAAUCUUGUAUUCCAUUGAUAAGAAGAGUCAUGUUGUGUUUGAGUACAAAAUUUCAACACUAAUAAUGAAGUGUGCGUGGCAGCGGAAGCUCUUGUGCCAUGAGUUAGAGCUGCAUCAUUCUGGUUUUCUAGUAUCUAGUUCAUGUGUUGCAAAAUAGGAUCCAAGAUGUAUACAAGUGACAGAUGCCCGUGUGUGAUUUUCAAAAGUGAAUAUUUGUUAAUUUACUGGGAGAGAAAACUGAUCAUAUCCUUGAGUGGUGCCAUUUUACACUGCAUAACAAUUUUUUGCUUAACAAAGCUUGAUAUUUUAAAACUGCUCAACAAAGAAUCAUGCACCUGAAGUUACACAACUUUGAAUAAUUCCCUGUUAAGUAAUUUAACGUGAGGAAUGAAUUUUAUGUUGAAAAUUUAUAACACUUUUAGAAAAUUUGUUUCAGAACAGGAAAAAAGCAUAUUGUCACAUAUCGGGGGUUAGCAUGACUAAUGAUAAUGGGUUCUGGAUUUUACAGUUGUGUUCAUUGGCACUUCUUUACAAUUACAAUCAGUUUAUAACAGCUCACACAUUGAACUCCUUCUGAACGUCUGUCUGUCUGAUGGAUCUCUCUCUGCUUUCUGAAUUUCGGACUUGUCUGUACUGUCUCGAAUUCACGAAUCCACUGCCUUUUAUAACUUCCACACAGCCUGAAUAGAAGUCACCAUGUCUUACAGUUUCUCUCUUAUUCUCUGUUUUAUCUGUUACCAUGAAACAUGCCACGACACGUGUUUUAACAAUCCGUUGCCUAGUUAUGGGUUAUUUUAUCACAGUAUGUUACUCAAAUUAAGGAUGGCAGUAUUUCAUUUCAAGUUCAAAGUGUCCAUGAGUCACUCAAACAGUUGUUGUCACAAAAGUGGGUCAUAAAAAUUCAAGUCAGUAAUUUAACUGACUCCACAGAGCCAGAGUCCUGCUUGAGACGUCACUCAACUACUCAAGAAAUUCCGCUCCUCGUGUGGAACCUUGUGGCUCUGUUUACAAAAGCUUGUCACUAGUGCUUCCUUUUCUGAGCCAGAUAAAUUCAGUCCAGAUCCUCUCAUCCUGUUUUUUCGACAGCAAUAUAUUUAUGGUAUUAAAAAUUAUGUACUAGAGUAUAUUAAUUCUGUAAGAAACUGAAUCUGCUUUAUGUCUUUCUUUUGUUCUCUCUCUCUUUUUUGCCAGUAACUGACCAAAAUCUGCUAUGACUAAAUUGCCAUAGCCGAAGUACAUGUGCAUAUAAGGCUUAUGUGGAACUUAUAUGAACAGUGGUUGUCGUCAGGACAGUUGAACCAUUCAGCUAUGUUUUUGUGUGGUAUUACCAAGUAAAUGCUAAUUACAUUGCAGUGAAAGUGUGUAUUGUUUCUUUUCUAAACUUCUUCAUUUAAUGACAGCCAAUAUUGAGACUCUAGGUUGGGAAAGUGAUUACACUUUUUGAAUAAUUUCAGAGGUAAAACUUAAUUAUGAAACAACAAGAAGAGUAAUCCUAUCACAUUGUCUAACACUGGUUAUUA